CACUGUCAUCAUUUAAGUAGUAAAUAACUAUUAAAUUCAGUUAAUAAACAAAUAAUGGCAGCAACUAAUGCCCCAGAAGAACAUUUUGAAGGAACCGAUUUUGACGAAGAUGCGGAUGAGGAUCAACUUGUGUCCACAAAUGCCGGACGUAAGCGUUUGUUUAGUAAAGAGUUGCGUUGCAUGAUGUUUGGUUUUGGCGAUGACAAGAAUCCUUACACAGAGACUGUUGAUCUGCUGGAAGAUCUAGUAAUUGAGUAUAUAGCUGAGACAACACACCGCGCCAUGGAAAUUGGACGCACUGGACGCGUGCAGGUGGAGGAUAUUAUAUUUCUGGUGCGUAAGGAUCAGCGCAAAUAUGCACGUGUUAAAGAUCUGCUGACCAUGAACGAGGAGCUGAAGAAGGCGCGCAAAGCGUUUGAUGAAAUUAAAUACGUUGGAAACGAAGGAAAGCUUAAAUGACAAAAGCGCAAAACUCCGUUUAAAGAUUAAGUUUUAGUUUAAGCAUAACAUGUAUUUGGUCAAUUGUUUUAAUAAU